UUAUUUCAGUGUGAGCUUACAUUUAAUUUUCGCUCCACGAACGCUCCAAACUUCAGUCACAUUUAAAUGAUGAUUCAUUAUCGUCGACUGCUAAUGUUGGACAUAUCGCAUAUUGGCGAUAUGCAUUAAUGAUUCUAUAAAUUAAGGUAAAGUGAGUCACUAGAGCGAUUGACUAACCUUUCGCGCUAUAGGUUGCUAAUUUAAGUCGUACAAACACGCGUUCUUUCUCCCUCUAUCUCAUUAUUUCACUCUCUUUCUUUCUCUCUCGUCUCUGGUUCUCUAGUCUCCGUUAAUUACAGUGCAGCCAAACUAAUUGCUUCGAAACGGCCUGCAUAGGGGAGAAGUUUCUCGCCGUCCGUGAACGUAUUCGCACGGCGGAAGAAGUGUGUGUCUUACCUAGACGGGGGGAAAACGCGACUAGAAUCAAAUUUUCGAGGAUGGCUCUCAAAUUCUCCAUAGGCCACUUUUACGAAACCUAUUCGGAGAACGAGGCGCUUCAGAAGGGUGACAUGAUCAAGAAAAUUGACGAUUACGACGCGCGUGAUGUGAGGCAUGUAGACGCACAGAAUCUCCUCCAAAACUCCGAAACCAUAAAGCUAGUUAUCGAAAGGUCUGAGCCGUCGAGAGUAUCAUCACGUACAACCACCGACACUAUCAUCACCAUGUCACCACCACCACCCACGAUUUUCAGGCCGAUCGUUGGCAACGGGGCUGCGGCCACUAGUCUAUACAAACAGCCGAAAGAGUACCCGCAAGAAUUACCGAAGAGUCCAGUACGGCCGCCUUCGGUCGAGGAGUACAGGUCAACGCCAACUCCGGAAUUUACCCUUCGUAGUUCGAUCAUUAUGCCACGUGAACACCUCGACGAGAUUCGCGAGGAAAAAAUUCAUUUGUCGCAGCCCUACCGUACGACUCCUCUGGUCUUACCAGGUGCCAAGGUCAAGAAGGAUGCCCCUCUCGGUGAAUGCUACCUGCGGCAUCAUCCGAAUCCGAUGAUCAGGGCAGCACCCCAUCAUUACGAGCCGGCUCAUCCUGAAGUUGCUAUGAAGCACAAGGUGGCAGAAACAGUACUUCAGCGUGUCGUGGGACCGAAUGAAGUUCCAAAGAUUGUCCACAAGCAAUUCAACUCGCCGAUCGGACUUUAUUCGGAUCAAAACAUCGCAGACACUAUCAAGUGCCAAGCGUCCGCCGUACCCCUGAAGAAACCAGUCAAGUACGAUCCCAGCAAGAGCGAGGCGUACAAGGCCCUGCAAGAGGAGGAAUUCGGGGAUCAGGUGCAGGAAGUCAGACAGCCGGCUCGCACCGGUGUCUUCACGCCGCAGAAAUCGAAUAGGAUGUACCAGGCUCCGCCGAAGAGUCCCGCAUAUAUGACCGUGCUCGAUGAUGACGGCGAGAAGAUCCAUCAGAGCAACAGCUUCAAGAGGAUUAUGUACAGUGUGCUGGGGCAGACCGAAUUUUAAGCCGAACUGACGCUAUAAAUUUAUUACAUUGUUUAUUUAUAUAUUAUAAAUAAAUCUAUAUAUUUUAUUUAUUGUACUACGCAGAAUAAAACGAGUGUCGAGCGU